CCACAGCUGAACUCAAGACUCACCCAGACAAUUCUCCAGACCAUCAUCCAACUUUGAAACCAUGAGCAGAAACGCCCUGUGCUGCAACGGCGAGCUCCACAAAGGGGACUACCUUCUCUCCAACAACAAGCAGUACAAAGCUGUCUUCGAGGAGGAUGGCAACUUCGUGGUCUAUGGCUGGAAACCCAUCUGGAGUGCCAACACGGCGAAGCACGCCGACGCAGAACGCAUCGUCAUGCAGGGCGACUGCAACUUUUGCAUGUACACGUCCAGUGACGAGCCUGUGUGGCACACCAACAGUGCCAAGAACGGUGGACCUCACUGCACGGUCCGUCUAAUGCUCCAAGACGAUGGGUGCUUAGUGGUGAGGAACAAAUAUGACACAUAUUGGUGUUCAGAAAACAAGAAAGAGUAAAAGGUUGAUUUCCCUGCGACAUGCUCAGCUAUAAGCAACCUUUUAAAAAAAGUCCUUGUAAAAUAAGAUGAUUCACAUUUCAAUCUGUUUUUGUCCCAAUAACAACUCCCAGCCUGACAACCUGAUUGCCUGCGUAAGGAUUUCACACUGGUAUUAAACCGCUUAAACCUUAAGCUUCAAACUAGCAGGUGGAACCUACUUUGCAUUGUGUUAGUGGUGGCGUGUGUCAGAUAGGGGUUAUACACACAGACGUCUAUCGUCUAUCAAUCUUCGAACUCUGAGCGGUGUUGCCAGAUGUGUCUGACCAAAUCCCGCCCAAAAGGUUCUCAAAAACCGCCAAACUGCGCUAAAUUCUGCACAAAUUCAACAAAUUAC